AGAUGGAACCUCCAGAUUAGAAGAGCUAGACCAACCCAGACGACUCCAGCCUUCACUCCAAAGUCCUUGCCUUCAACAUGAAGAUCUCUGCGGUGCUUCUGGGCCUGCUGCUCAUAGCUGUCACUGUCAGCCCAGGAGAGCUGGCUGAGCCAGAUGAGGUGCCCCCUCCAACUUCCUGCUGCUUUUCUCUAACCCAGCGGAAGAUCCCCUUGAGGAUGCUGCAGAGUUACCAAAAUACUAGCACCCAGUGUUCCCUGGCAGCUGUGAUCUUCAAGACCAAGCGGGAUAAACAGAUCUGUGCGGACCCCACACAGAAAUGGGUCAAUGAUUACAUGAAGUUCCUGGACCAGAAGUCCCAAACUCUGCAGGCUUAAACCUUCACACCUGGGCUGAGAGACAGUCAAGGCCUGAAGUUCUCCCCUAACUUCUCUAGGCAUGGAGUUCUUGUAAGCAGGCCGUGUCCGGGUUGGGUGUUUCCUCAUCCUUGUCUCUUACCUGAAAUAAUUCUGAUUGUUUCUGAAUUUUUCAGAAUUCAUCCUAUCUGAAUAACUGAAAUAAAAGCUCAUACAGAUGCAAAUGUA